ACUAGGACCGCUAGGUGGUAGGAAGUAUGUUAACUUCCUCUUAUCGUUAUUUCACUCACUCAGCGAAAUAUAAAGCAGAAGAUCAAGGCAAAUUGGCAGUUCUAGUUUCUUCAGCAUAACCAUGGACAAUGACACUCUUACAGUUAAGUUUUACAAUCAAUGUGAUGCUGAUUUUUGGAAUGCAAUACCUGGAGAUCAGAGAUACAAGUGUUGGGGUGACAUUUGCACAACAUUGUCGCGACAAUGCUUAGUAAAUGAAAAAACAAAAACGCUCAUAUAUGGGUUGUUAAGUGGAGAUACUUCUAGGCCUCUGGGUUGUGAUCAAGAUGUCAGGGAAAGAUCAGAGGACAGAAAAAGAAAAAAGAUUAGUGAAAGAUCUUUCAUGCUUUUAACAGCAAGGUUUGGUUCAACUCAACCACGUAAAGAUUCAUGUUACCUUGUACAACAGGUUCAAAAUUUAAGCAAUUCCAUUGUGAACUAUGAUGGAGAAACUCUUAGUUGGUUUGGUGGAGAAAUGACAAUGGAUGAAGCAGAAAAACGACUUGAAUUCAAACCAGAUGGAACAUACCUUGUUCGGUUUAGUGAAGGUUAUGCUGCUCAAGGUGGUUUCGCAUUCUCAGUUAAAGGGGUAGUUAAAAAGAAGCCUGCUGAAGGAUCACCAUCCCACAGCAUUUACCAUUACAGAAUUUUGGAUGAAAAACCCUUAAACAGCAUACUUCUAAAGUUUUCAAAUGAUUUUGGAAUGAAUGAAAAAGGAAAAGAAGCAAAGACAAUUUCUAGACUGUUGAAAUCAGAACGAGGAGAUGGUAAUGAAGACCCCGAAGACCUUGUAUCAAGAAAAUCUUUCUUAAGCUUAACAACAAGAUUUAGUUCCACUAAAUCUCUCAAUGGUUCUUGUUAUUUAUUGCAGCAAAUUGGACAACUGGUGGAGAAUUCCAUACGUAGAGUUGAGGGAAAAAAAUACAGUUGGUUUGCUGGUGAAAUGGAGAAGGAGGAAGCUGAAAGAAGGCUUGGUUCAUCUGUUUGCGAUCCAGGAACCUAUCUUAUUCGGUUUAGUGAUAAGGAAGCAUCCAAAGGGGGAUUUGUUUUUUCAAUCAAAGUAACUGAAACAACAAUCAGACAUUACAUGAUUGAGGGUAAACCAGAUACCGCAUGUAAUGGAAAUGAAUACGAUGCUAAGUUAGUUUUGUUGCCAGUACAAGAAGGGAAAGAAAAUGAAACCUUUCCAAACCUUGUUACACUUGUUGAAGAUAGAAUUCGCAUGCAUGAAUUUGAUGGUGUGAAAGCAAAAUAUGUUUGUCGUGAUCUUCAAUUUAAUGCUGUGUUUAAGGGUUAUAAAAAAACAACAUAAUAACAAAAUUAAAAAAAAAGUGGACGUUCCGAAAUAAAAUUGUGCCAUCAAUUUAGAAUGCAAAAAUUAUUCUUCUUGUUAAAGUCCAUCUAUUAUUGUUGUUGCUUUUAAACAUUUCCUAAAUUGUAAAUAUGCUAUUUUUCAUUUACACCUUCAGUUUGUGUUAUAUAUAUUACCAUUUGUUUAUUGCGCAGUAGUCCGUGUGAACAAAUUUUUUUUUUGUAAAAUGAGCUUACCUGUCCAUUUUCUUGCUUCUUGGUUAAUUUCAUUCCCUAUUUUAUUACUUAACUGUGUUUGUGUAUUUUAAACCCAAUAUUAUAAACAUAUAUAUUGCUUUAAUUUGUUGUAGUUUAUCAAAACGUGAACAAUUUUGUAAAUUCGUGUGUUUUUCCAAAAUGUGAUCAUUUGAAUAUUUUUAAUAACAGCUUUUUUAUAACAUUGGUGUCUGAUUAUUAACUUGUACUUUUAUAA